GUACUACGGCGCCACCAUCCUGCAGAUGUCGGGAGUGCGGGAUGUCAAGCUGGCCAUCUGGUUGGCAGGGGUCACAGCCUUCACCAACUUUCUGUUCACCCUCCUGGGGGUGUGGCUAGUGGAGAGGGUUGGCCGCAGGAAACUCACCCUGGGGAGCAUCAUCGGUAAGGGUCAGGGUAAAGAUGAAUUCAGGGACACAUUUAGUGUAUGUGAAUAGAUGGCAUAUUGGAUCACAGUUUAUGUUUCACAGAUAAGAUUUUAAUGGAAUUACAGUAUUACAUGAAAUUGUAAUACAUGUAACUACACAGACACUAGUAGUAACCCAUAUUAUGUCUAAAGCAGUACACUGUUUGGUUAGACUGUAUGUGUAUGACUGUGUUGUUUUCUCCUAGGUACAUGUCUGAGUCUGUCUCUGCUGGCCAUUGGGUUUCUACUGUCUGCACAACACACCCCUCCUGUCACCCUCCACCCCACUGACCCCUCCAUGGUCAACGCCACCUGCAACAGACACCUGUGAGUACUCCCUACUCUACUACUGUAUUGUACUGUACUAUCUGCACUGUAGUCUACUGUUCAACACAAUACUGAAUAUGCUGUACUAUUCUGAAAAUAUUGGUUACAUAUCAUUUUUCUGAAGGUAACAUUGUCAUAUGCACAUCACUUUAUUGUUAAGUGCAGGACUAAAAUAAAGUCUCAAUAUGAACCUGAUCCACCAUGAAUCGAAACAUGGUCACUAAUGAACAUUUUACAGGACCAAUACAGUGUGUGGGUUUGUUUCUUAAUGCAUUUUCCUGUUCUUCCAUCUAGGACUAAAUUAAUGUUAUAAUGCGAUCUAAUUGUACAUGCUGUACAUGUUUCUGAACACUUACCUAGCAGAUUAUUUCAAUCUCUCUGCUCUGAGCGUUUUAUUUAUUCUCCCAGUGGUUAAUUGUAACCGCAACAACAAACUCCAUUUGCGACAGUGCAACAGGCGGGUCUCUGUUAAUAGAAAUGAUGGAGAGAGAGAGUGAAAGAGAGAGAGAAAGAGACGCUGUCUGCCCUCUGAAAGACUGAGCCACUCUCUGUCCUAAUUUACACAACAGCAUGUAGACAGAGUGUACAAAACAGGAACACCUGCUCUUUCCAUGACAUAGACUGACCUGGUGAAUACAGGUGAAAGCUAUGAUCCCUUAUUGAUGUCACACUUCAAUCAGUGUAGAUGAAGGGGAGGAGACAGGUUAAAGAAAGAUUUUUAAACAUUGAGUAAAUGUGUUCCAUUAUACCUCCUCAAGGAUCUUGUCUCUGUUUGUGACACCUCUGUCCAAUCCUCCUCUGUGAUCCCAGGCUGUGUGAGCCGUGUAUGCUGGACCCGGGGUGUGGCUUCUGUUACGGUGAGAACAGCACGGCUCUGUUCGCCUCCUCCUGUGUACCUGUCAAUACAGCCUCCACUGAGAAGGCCGCCUGGGGCAGGUGAGCUACAGGAGGAACUAAGGGGAGGGAGAGAAAGUGUGUGUGUGCGCGCAUAGGGCAGCAGGGGGCAGGUGUGUCAUGGAAUGCGCUCAGUGUGUGGGUUUAUUUGUUGUGUGUUUGUGGAGGGGGUUAGUGGAAGGAGUGGAAUAAGACUCCUUGAGAAGAGGUUCUUCUAAAAUACUGUACUCAUAGUAUCCCUCUACCCAUAACAUAGCUACUGUUGCUACAAUACAAUAACUGUCUUAUACCAUGUUAUUCCAGGUGUUCCAACUCGACCCAGCUGAGAGUCCAUACGUACUGGGCCUAUAACUACUGUCCCACCUCCUACUCCUGGGUGGUCCUACUGGGUCUUGUUCUCUAUCUGGCCUUCUUUGCCCCAGGUGACAGAGACAACACUGUGAUCUAUGUAGAUAAUCAAUUUAUGUUGUAUUUCACUUUCACUGUGGGGCAACUACUAACUAAAGAAAUGCAUAAUUAGAAAAUGUGAUAUCUCAUUUCAAGUUUGGCGUUAACCAUGCAUUGAUGUCAUUUGGGAGACUUGUUCAAAGGUUUGAUUUGUGUGUUUACUGUACAUAAGUCUCGAUUCAGCAUUGUUUGCAUACUGAGGGGUAGUUAAUGUACUGUAGAGCUAUCCUAAGCCCUGUGUCAUCUUUCUCCUUCCAGGUAUGGGUCCGAUGCCAUGGACAAUCAACUCUGAGAUUUACCCCCUGUGGGCCCGGAGCACAGGGAACGCCUGUUCAGCUGGAGUCAACUGGACCUUUAACUUCCUGGUCUCCCUCACCUUCCUCCACGUGGCCCAGUACCUCACCUACUACGGUACAGACCAGCUAAUCACUGAUCAAUACCCCCUUACAGGACACCCUUGAUCAAUCAACCUGAACAGCAGGCCUGCUUUUACUGCAGGAUCUGACUUUUGUUGGACAUUUGAUUAAUCUAGAGAGACUUGAGACUUAUGAUAGGCUCAAUGUGUAAUUAAUGUAGUUUCAUCAUGUUUGAUUACUUGCUGUCAUUUAAUCAUGUGCAGUAGAUACUGGAAAGUGCUUAACUGAAUUUUACACUGUUGCAGACUAGAACUGAACUCUGCUGUCAGUACAGGAAAACCUCGACCCCUUCCUGGUCAAGUCACGUAUGGUAGUCAGGGAAAAACUAAUAAUGACUGACAGAUGAUGUGUUGUUGAUUUUGUAGUUGUUGUUAUUUCCCAGGAGCAUUUUUCCUCUACUCCAUCCUGGCUCUGCUGGGGUUCUUCUUCAUCUAUGGCUGUCUGCCUGAGACUAAGGGCCGGAGGCUGGAGGAGAUUGAGUCCCUGUUCGACAACCAGCUGUGCUCAUGCGGGGCCACAGACUCCGACGAGGACCGGCAGGUGGAGUACAUC